AUGCCACUAGGCGGCUCAGUAACCUACGGCUCCGGAUCCACCGAUGGCAACGGGUAUAGAAGAACCCUCCAAGAGACCCUGAUCUUAGACGGCUAUACUGUGGAAAUGGUCGGCUCUCGCAAAGCCGGUUCAAUGGAAAACAACUCCAAUGAAGGCUGGCGAGGCUUCCGAAUCGACCAAGUCACCAAUAAAGCAAAAACAUCCGUUCCUAGAUUCCUUCCAAACCUCUUUACAGUCAAUGUCGGUUCAAAUGAUUGCAUCCAGGACUAUCAAAUUGAGACUGCUGGCGAGCGUAUGAGUGAUAUGCUUGAAUAUCAAUGGACGAUGUCACGUUCGACGGUUGUUCUUUCGACUCUUCUUCCGAAUUUGGAUAGGGAGGUUGAAGACCGGGUUCGAUGUGUUAAUGAGCAAUUUAGGGAAUUGGUGAAGGUUAAGGAAGCUGAUGGGAGGAGAAUUGUUCUUGUGGAUAUGCAUGGGGCUGAUGGGCCUCGGAUUGGGGAUUUGGUUGAUGGGACGCAUCCUAAUGAUGUGGGAUAUAAGAAGAUGGCGAUGAUUUGGCGAAGAGGGAUUCAUGAGGCUAUACGUAAGGGUUUUAUUCAGGAGCCGCAAUAA